CGCUGCCUUUAGAGCCGCCGCCGCCAAGAUUCCAAGAGGCAGAAGUUGUCUGAGCGCGUCGGUCGGAGGCUGCCGUGCCGGGGCCGGGACUCUGCGACUCCUCGUAAUCCAGGGAGGGAAAAAUUUGAUCUGUGAAACUAAUAAAACACAGUUUGGAUGAAAACAGAUCGUGUUUUGAGUCUGUAGCCUCAGACUACUCUGGAAGGUGAUUUACCUAAUUUAUCUACUGAGAAGUUUGUCCCUCUUCAGUGACAUUUUAACAUCAUAGAUCUUUAAAUGGAGGAGAUGGCUACUACUCAGAUUUCCAAAGAUGAGCUUGAUGAACUCAAAGAGGCCUUUGCAAAAGUUGAUCUCAACAGCAAUGGAUUCAUCUGUGACUAUGAACUUCAUGAGCUUUUCAAGGAAGCCAAUAUGCCAUUACCAGGAUAUAAAGUGAGAGAAAUCAUUCAAAAACUCAUGCUGGAUGGUGACAGGAAUAAAGAUGGGAAGAUAAGUUUCGAUGAAUUUGUCUAUAUUUUCCAAGAGGUAAAAAGCAGUGACAUUGCCAAAACCUUCCGCAAAGCAAUCAACAGGAAAGAAGGGAUUUGUGCUCUGGGAGGCACUUCAGAGCUGUCCAGUGAAGGAACACAGCAUUCUUACUCAGAGGAAGAAAAAUAUGCUUUCGUUAACUGGAUAAACAAGGCUUUGGAAAAUGAUCCUGACUGCAGACAUGUUAUACCCAUGAACCCAAAUACCGAUGACCUGUUCAAAGCUGUUGGUGAUGGAAUUGUGCUUUGUAAAAUGAUCAACCUUUCAGUCCCCGACACAAUUGAUGAAAGAGCAAUCAACAAGAAGAAACUUACACCCUUCAUCAUUCAGGAAAACUUGAACUUGGCCCUGAACUCCGCUUCUGCCAUUGGGUGUCACGUUGUGAACAUCGGUGCAGAAGAUUUGCGGGCUGGGAAACCCCAUCUGGUUCUGGGACUCCUCUGGCAGAUCAUUAAGAUCGGUUUGUUCGCCGACAUUGAAUUAAGCAGGAAUGAAGCCUUAGCUGCCUUACUUCGAGAUGGUGAGACUUUGGAGGAGCUUAUGAAAUUGUCUCCGGAAGAGCUUCUGCUCAGAUGGGCAAACUUUCACUUGGAAAACUCGGGCUGGCAAAAAAUCAACAACUUUAGUGCUGACAUCAAGGAUUCCAAAGCCUAUUUCCAUCUUCUCAAUCAAAUUGCACCAAAAGGACAAAAGGAAGGUGAACCGCGGAUAGAUAUUAACAUGUCAGGUUUCAACGAAACAGAUGAUUUGAAGAGAGCCGAGAGUAUGCUUCAACAGGCUGACAAGUUAGGUUGCAGACAGUUUGUUACCCCUGCUGAUGUGGUCAGUGGAAACCCCAAACUGAACUUAGCCUUUGUGGCUAACCUGUUUAAUAAAUACCCGGCACUAACCAAGCCGGAGAACCAGGAUAUUGACUGGACUCUACUGGAAGGAGAAACUCGUGAAGAAAGAACCUUCCGUAACUGGAUGAAUUCUCUUGGAGUUAAUCCCCAUGUAAACCAUCUCUAUGCUGACCUGCAGGAUGCCCUGGUAAUCUUACAGUUGUAUGAACGAAUUAAAGUUCCUGUCGACUGGAGUAAGGUUAAUAAGCCUCCAUACCCAAAACUCGGAGCCAACAUGAAAAAGCUAGAAAACUGCAACUACGCUGUUGAACUGGGGAAGCAUCCUGCCAAAUUCUCCCUGGUUGGGAUCGGAGGGCAAGACCUGAAUGAUGGAAACCAAACGCUGACGUUAGCUUUAGUCUGGCAGCUGAUGAGAAGAUACACCCUCAAUGUUCUGGAAGACCUUGGGGAUGGGCAGAAAGCUAAUGAUGACAUCAUCGUAAGCUGGGUGAACAGAACAUUGGCUGAAGCUGGAAAAUCAACUUCCAUUCAGAGUUUCAAGGACAAGACGAUCAGCUCCAGUUUGGCAGUUGUGGACUUAAUUGACGCCAUCCAGCCGGGCUGCAUAAACUAUGACCUUGUUAAGAGCGGCAACCUGACAGAGGAUGACAAGCACAAUAAUGCCAAGUACGCCGUGUCCAUGGCUAGAAGAAUUGGAGCCAGGGUGUACGCUCUCCCCGAAGACCUUGUGGAAGUAAAGCCCAAGAUGGUCAUGACCGUGUUUGCAUGCUUGAUGGGCAGGGGGAUGAAGAGGGUGUAAAAAUCACCCGUGGGAAUAAAAAACAACCUUGCUCCCAGGUGUAUGAUUAGCAGGUCAGCUCUUCCCAGGUGCAGUGCUCAUGGCUUAAGGAACCGUUGGUCAUUCAAAGGACUCCUAGUUGUGAUUCACAAGACUCCUCAUCUUGAGAACUCACAGGGGAAAGAGUUUUAAUGGAAACACCUCCUCUUUCCUGGAGUCAAAGUCGGAUUUGUCAGGCACACCUGAAAUGCACUCAUGGCCAAAUCAUUUACUCCCACCUCCUACAUCGCUAGCCUUGACUUUUCCCAUUGCUGUAUUGUCGUUUCUGUGUAUCUUCCCCCCACCCCUUAGAAUGUCCACCUCUUGGGACUUGCUUAGAUGAUUCGAUAUGAAUAUCAUUAGACCAUAAGUUUGCUUUCCAUCCAGGAUGCUAGUUCUUGUUUGAGAGCUGUGGCCAGAGGAUAUUUGGACAGGAGUAUCCUUCGCUUAUCUUUGUAGUACUGAAAAUUGGCAGAAGUAACUGGCUGUGCAGAAUGUAAUAGAAGCUUUUCGUAUUCUUUUAUUCUUAAAAUCAGUAUCUUUUUACAGUAUUCUUUCUACGUGAUCUUUUUUGUACAUUUAAGGAUAUUUUGAUUACAUUAAAUAAGACUGCUGAUUUUGCUACUUUUUUUAAGGGGUCUUCAAGUACGUAAAAACCAUACAUUAUAGGUAGAGGAAAAGUGUUCCUUGAUUUUGCAUCUACCCUCUCACACCCAAGCUGUAAACAGUUGACAUAUUUUGUCUUAAAAGACUUGGUUCAAUAUAUGCUUAUUUGUUUUAAAACUUGUAUCAUCAAACUCUCUCUUUAGAUUGAAAAUGCUGUUGAAUAUGACACUUUUGAGGAGAGAGUGUGCUCAGAACGUGGACAGGAUACAGUAGGCCAAGCAUGCUAAGCAUACCAUAAAUUUUCUAAUUUUACACCUAAAACAAGGAGAUGAGGUCACUAAAAAAUAAAAAUACAUAUGUAAGACUUAAUGUACUCUUGCUUUGUCAAGCUGUUUGCUGUACUUUCUGAGAUCAUAAUGUUACGCUAACUCUGAAAAGUGAUGUAAUCUGGUAGCAAUGCAUUAGUUCAAAUAAAGGCAUUUACAUAAUCA